CUUAUAUUUAUCGGAAGAACGUGCGCGCGCUUGUAUUUUCUUUCUGGCUAUAAAGUACAGAAGAUCGAUAUGCCGCCGUCAGAGAACUCAGAGGAGGUACUGGAAAUUAAUAAAUUGUGACGUCAUUAGUUUGUGACGUCAUUAAUGUACGAUACGCGAGGACGCGCGAAUUCGUGACAAAAUGCCGACAUCGCACAAGGCAGUUGCCCCGAAGAGGCAUAAAAUUGUUUUCCUCGGGGACCAGGGGGUGGGGAAAUCCUCACUCGCCUACAGGUUUGUCUAUGACAUUUUCGACGACAAAUAUCAACCAACGAUUGGAAUCGAUUUUAUGACGAGAAAUAUUGUAAUUGGUGAGUAUUGCAUAUUAUUCCCAAGAUUAUUAAGUAUUUUAUACAGUUUUAAAACGCCAAAGAAAUCUUUUCUUUUCAUUCCAGAUGACAUUGAGAUUCGCUUGCAGAUUUGGGAUACCGCAGGCCAGGAGAGGUUUCGGUGUUUGAUUAACAGUUACAUACGGGACUCUAACGUAGCGCUUAUUGUAUUUGAUAUAACCAAUUCUAAAUCUUUUAAAAACCUUAAAGAAUGGAUAUCUAGGAUCAGGCAGGAACGAAGUAGGGAUGGUAUCAUAGUUGUGAUUAUUGGUAACAAGACAGAUGAAGAAGAAAGAAGAAAGGUUAGUUACCAAGAAGCUUGUAACUUUGCUGAACGUCUUGGGUACAUCUACAUUGAAACAAGUGCCAAGACAGGAUAUAACGUCAGACUUCUCUUCACAAAACUCGCGAAAGAUUUGUUCGUUCGGGAGUACAUGAAAGGGAUAAAAGAGAAGGAAGAAAAGAAAGACGAUUCUGUUGCUUUUGAUAGAAACACCGACGACAGAGAUGAAAAGAAGUGUUGCCCAUAAAUGAGGAAUUCUAAAAAGUGGUCAUCUGACCGUUUUGAAUUCUUGUCUUUGUAAUCACUUUGAACUUGACGAUGGUGUCAAUAUGACACUGAAACAACCUUCUUCAAAGUAAAU